AUGAAAGUCAUUAAAACCAAAUGCAAUGUCAUCAAUAUUGCACCAGUAAAGGAAGUAGUCAGCUUUUAUAGUAUAACAGAAGCCAAUCCAUUGAUAUCUGAUUAUAGCAAAACACUUGAUGAGUUUUGUCACAAACUUAAGCUUCAAUUCUUGCUUGAUAAAAAGCUUUCAACAAGCGAUUUUCUCAUUUGUGAAACAAUUGAGUUUGUUCUAGACUGGGAUCCUGCUGAGCACUUAUUGAAUGAUAUUCGUCGUUUAAUGGAGAAAUCAUUCCAAGGAUUGAGCAGAAGGAUCAUAGUCAAAAGCAUGCAUAAAGGGAACUCCAUCAUUAUCAUUUGUGGUGCUCCUACUCAUCUAAUGAAUGCUUUGCAAUUGAGGGCUCGUGAUAAUCUUACUGUGCUGCAAGAAGAAUUUGCUUUGAUGAGAUUGAAAAUAGGACACUGCACUGUCUAUGAUAGGACCAUCAGAAACAAAGAGCUAAAGAUUGUUGCAGAGGAAAUUGAAAUGCGUGAAGGAGAAUUAAUGAAGCUGAAUCCAUACCACAAUGACAAAGAAAGUCUUCUUGCUAGGCAAGCAGCACAACUUAUAAGUUUAAAACAGAAACAAGAAUUUAUCAACAGUAGCAUGCAGGCAUCAGAUUUUAAAUUUAAAAUCAAACAAAUUGAAAGAGAAAAGGUUGCAAGUACAAAAAAGCGAAUGUUAUUAAGAGAAACUGAACAUUUACAAUCUACUCUAAGGAUCAGAAUAAGUAUAUACAUUCCUUAUUACCUUCUAAUGACAUAA